AUGUGCCCUGGAGCCCAUGCAGAUGUGCGUGUCACCUUUGGGGAGCUGAAGACGGUCCGCUUGCCAAAGAAGAUGACUGGGACAGGAGCACACAGAGGAUUCGGCUUUGUGGACUUCCUCACCAGGCAGGAUGCGAAGAGAGCCUUCAAUGCCCUGUGUCACAGUACCCACUUGUAUGGCCGGAGGCUGGUGCUGGAGUGGGCCGACUCCGAGGUGACCCUGCAGGCUCUGCGGCGGAAGACGGCCGAGCACUUCCCCGAGCCCCCGAAGAAAAAGCGGUCUGUAGUGUUGGACGAGAUCCUGCAGCAGCUGGAAGACAGUGACGGCGACGGUGAGGAGCAAACCCUUCAGCUGUGAGCUGGCACCAAGCGGGAGCUGCGCACAGCCUGGGACUUGGCCUCUGUCCUGCCCACCCUCGUCGCUUGGGACCACAAGCCCUGCUCCCAUCAGCCAAGGCUACGGGUGGCUCAGGAAGCGUCACGCUCCAACUAGGCGCCAGGCCCCACCAGAACCCGGCGAUGUCACUCUUGGCGACGCAUCCUGCCUUCAGGCUGGGCUUGCGAAACGCAUCGAGGUCCCCACCCUGGCAAGCCGCAUCCCAAGGCUUCUCUCAGGCUUGGGGCUCUGCGCGUGUCUUUACCAGCCUGAGACGCAGCCUCCCCCGGAGCACCUGACACCAGCUAGAGGGUAUGGCGGGGAGGAAGGAGCUGCAGUGCCCUGACCGUUCCCUGCUGCGACCUCAGACCAGUGACAGCCCUCAGUGUUUCUUUCCAUGAAGUGGGGUGAUAAUCGUGACUGCCUCGGACCAGUGGUGCUGGGAUUAAGGGAUCAAGCCAAGUAAAGCUCUGGACAGAUCCUCA